AUGCAGCCGCCGGCGCCGCUGACGGACGACCUCAUCGAUGAGAUCCUGAUCCGCAUCCCGCCCAACGAUCCCGCGAGCCUCUUCCACGCCGCCUUGGUCUGCAAGCCCUGGUACCGCGUCGCCUCCGAUCCUGGCUUCCGCCGCAGGUUCUGCGCGCGCCACCACCAAGGGCCCCCUCCCGUUCUGGGCGUUCUCUGCAACACCUCAGGCCACGCCGGCACUUCCCGCUUCAUCCCCACGUCCUCCCUCCGCUUCCGCCAGCCUCUCCCUGAUCGCCGCCGCUGGCUCGUGCUCGACUCCCGCCACGGCCGCGUCCUCCUUACUAACUGGGACCGGGAGCGCGGGCCCGUCGAUGACCCCCUCGUCAUCUGGGAUCCCAUCACUGGCGACCACCUGAAGCUGCCUGAGCUGCCGAGGCAACAGGAGUGGACCAGCUGGAAUGCGGCGGUGCUCUGCGCCGCUGGGGGUUGUGACCACCUCAACUGCCGCCGUGGACCCUUCCUCGUGGCUGUGGUGGGCUGCGGUCACGGGGUGCUCUUCGGCCUCGUCUACUCAUCGGAGGCUGGCUACUGGAGCCUGCCCACCAAUUGUGUUGAGCAUGCCGAUGUGGACUACUUGGCGUGCGCUGCCCUUGUGGGGAAUGCGCUUUACUUCAAGUCUGAGAUAUGCAUCCAAACAUUCAGGUCCAAAAUCAUCAAGUAUGAUUUGAGCACAUGGAAAAUGUCUGCAUUCUACCUGCCUUACGAAAUGAGCUUAUGGUCAACUUUUACCAUUGAUCUACCACUGUCCCAUCUUGAACAUGGGCCGCGCAUUGUGCUUAUGGCCACAGAGGACGAUGCUAGGCUUGGAUUUGGCGCCGUGCGUGACUCCAAACUUUAUCUUUGGGAAUGGGAGGCUGGUAGUGGUAGUGUUGGAGAUGCGGGAUGGGCACAAAGCAAAGUCAUUGAUCUCCGGACACUGCUCCCUGCUGAUGCCAACUCCAUCUCUACUGAAUUGGUUGGCUUUGCAGAUGGCGUUGCACUCUUCUUUGUGCAGACCGUGGAUGGCCUAUUCAGUAUUGAUCUGAAAUCUGGCCAGGUGAAGAAGGUAUACAAUGGCGGUGACAUAGACAGUGUAGUUCCCUACAUGGCCUUCUGCACUCCAGGACUGGGAGCAAUAUCCGCAGGUCAGGAACUUGGAGCUGGUGCUUCCCGAGCAUCAAAGGUUCAAGUUGCUGGUGCAAGUUCUUCUAAAUCAUGA